AGCAGAAAAGAGAAAAGAAGAAUAACACCCACUUUGUCUUUUGGAACAGACGAAUACGUGACAGCCCCGUUGGAGGCGGCGACGUCCGAUGCUGAGGAUCUCCACAACAUCUCUGGCUCCCUCUCGGAGAACAGCACCUGGGAUAACUACCAGAUGCUGUACCCGACGGCCAGCGAAGACCCUGGCGAGGAGCUGCUGACUUGGGAGCCCCAGGAUGACCUUGAGUUUGACGACGACUUCCAGCUGACCAAGAGGACUAAGUCCAUCAUCACCGACCUGGUCGCCAGCAAGCCCACCAAGGGGAAACUCAAAUUUACUAAGCAUGGAGUACCGUGCGAUGACAGCGACUCAGAUCUGGAGGACUUCCACCACAUUCUGGACCAAUCAGAUUUGCAGCUGAAACUGGCUGACCAAUCACUGAAGAAGAAACGAAAAGACCCAAUGGGCACAGGACUACAUCCUGACCCAGCUAAAUAUAAAGAGAUCAUCGACACGUGUGUGACCAACAUUCAGUGUCUGCAGUCCAUCUGCCAGCACCUCAGCACAGAGGACGUGAUGCAGGAGGAUGUGACUCGAGUGCAAGACCUCAUGACCCAGUGGCAGAAGCUGGAGGCCUUGGCGUCCGAUCGCUUUGACCAGAGCUCCCAGCUGAGCAAGGUCCGCGACCAGCUGUCAAUCAUGAGCCGCUGUGUCAAGGGGGCCGAGGACUGUCUGGCCCUGGAUCGCUUUGGCUCCGUGGACGAGCUCAAGGAAACCAUCAGACAACUCAAGCAAAAACGCCAGACCCUGGAUCUGCAACAGGAGCAAAUCUCGGAGCUAGAGAAGCACCUGAAAGGACUGUCCCUGACUUACCCUUCCCUAUAUGUGGACAAGUAUGCCCAAGAACUCGCCGCCCUCGGCAAGUUGACGGCGGUUACAUCUCAUAAACUGAAAGAAAGUGUUGGUCAGCUGGAGAACAACUGGUCCGUCUGGCUGGAGUACAUUGAGGGUCAGCGGGAACUGGACGCCUUCCUGGCCAGUGACCGGGAGCGUGUGUACAGCCUGCUGUGUCAGAGGGAGCGGGGGCUCAGACUCACCAAGAAGGACGUGCUCAAAGAGCUGGAGACGCUGCAGUCCAACGUGUCGGUGUGCGAGUCCAAGCUGAGCGUCCUGCAGGAAAUGAGAGCUCGUCUGCUCCGCACCUCGGACGACUCGGCCCAGCGCGUCUUCAUGGCCUCACUGGGUGACUUGCGCAACCAGCUUCACGUUAUGUCGGAGCGUUGUCGCGAAGUCUACCGGGACAUGGAUGACGAGGACGAACUGCCCGCCAGCCACCAGUCUGACCUUGGUGACCUUGCCAUCUCUGCAGCCACGCUGCACGAAGCCUUCAGAAACCCCCAUGACGUAGGGUCGUCUCUGUCCAAGAGGCUGGCAGCUUCGCCGCUGGAGGAAGCCAGCACGGGCAUGUCUCGCAGCAGCGCCUCGUGGCUGCGCUCACUUCCUGUCCAGGUGGUGACGCUGGUGCUGGUGGCCGGCCUGGUCUGUGCCCUUGACCCGGACAUCCUGGAGCGCCUGGCCAACUUCUCGCUGACCGUCACGCCCGAACUGCACUACGUGGACGGGCCGCCCACCGUCUGAAGCGUGGCUCCACUCGGCCGAUGCUGCAACACAGCGAGAGAAGGAAAGACGCAGGUUCUUCUGUGCCGAUGUUUCCCUCUCUCCCUCUGCCACUUCUUCUAUGGGUGUGCUUAUCACGGAUGUGGCGGCACUUCUCGAAGUAGAAGUAAAAGAGAGCCUCUUCGGUUAUAUAUCUUCUAUAAAUUAUAGCCUUCUUGAAGACUGUUUGGCUCAGUCUGAGGUGUAAUCUUUAUGUGAUCUAUUCAGAAUGUGGUCACUUGAUGUACUGGACUGAAGGUGGUAAGCCUGUGCCUGUUACUCCCUGUUGUCGUUAGACUAGUGGAAGGAGAGAAUGGUAAAGGUGCCACUUUUCUGGGUAAUUUCCUGAAGUUUGGAAAUCUAAUAAGUGUUAGACUAUCUGUGUUUUGUUUGUACAACUCGCUGUUGUCUACAUUUGAGCAUGAUAUGGACAUGUUGUCUUUUUGCAUGCCAGCCAGUAAGGUUCAGACGUCUAAACUUGAUGUUUGUGGCACCUUUUGAAAAGAUGAAUGGAUGGGUGUUGUCAAAGCCCAGUAUGUCGGAAAUAUGAACUGUUUCUGUCAGACCAAGUUUGUUCAGUAGGACAGAGUGAAACUGAUUAAAGAACAGCCUUAGAUGGCGGUACUAAUAAUCACAACUCUGCUCCCAGUUUCAUAUUCUGUCUGAGGGAAAUGCUUCUGGCUGUUAACAUGUUCAAAAUUAACUGUUUCUAUCAGUUGCAUCUUGUCCUAACACAAUGGAUCUUAACCUGGGUUCACUUGAACCCCAGAGGCUCCAUGAGUCAGUCUUAGAGGUUCUACUAAUGCCAACACACACACGCAUACACAUUGUUUGUGUGUGUGUGUGUUUCCGUUAUGUUCACCCCACCCAGAGGGUCUGAUGAAUGCAUAAGUAUGAAACUUGUGCGGUUCUGUAUCUCCAACAAGGUUAAGAUCCACUAUCUUAACGGUACUACCUGUAGUUCCUUGACGUUCUAACAGUUUCCCUUUUCUCUCAAGGGAAAAUCUCUGUUUUGAGUUGUGUAACUGUCUGAAUGGCUAGGUGAUGUGGAUUUUGCUCGUUCACAGCGAGAGAGUUGUUUUACAGAAGGUUCUGGAGUCUCAUGAUUGGGUUGUGCAAGUUUGUGAUUAUAAUGGAAUAUCGCACGUGUACCUUUGUACCAAGGAAUAUUGAAGAAUGUUCUUUGGAUCAGGUCACAAAUCCACACAGUCCGGAUGGUGACUGGUGUAGAUGUUGCUACAGAUCCGCGGUGGAUCUUUUAAAGGACACAGGGUCCAAAUCUUGAUCAACGUUUCUCAUUUCUAUACUUAAUGUCAAUGUCCAUCUGAGGGUACUGACUGAGGGAAAGUUUCAUGUUGAGAGCAUAAAAGUUGUUGGAGGUUUUAUCUUUAGACAAAAGAUCUUAUAAAGUCUGAUUCGUUUGAGCUACACUUUUCUAAAGAUGAAAUGUCCAACACUUGAGUCUAUUGAAUAAUUUUUUGUUUCAUUUUUGUCUGUUUCCUUGUUGUUUCAGCUAUGUCCACUGACUUUUAGAGAUCAAAUCCACAUAAACGCAACAUCCCACCACUAAGACACGAAGGGAAGCAAACUCUCAUCUUUGCUACCUCACUUCAAUCUAGUGCCAAAUGGCUACUGUAGCCUCGUCUUGAUAGCUCACGGCCUUAGUUCUAGUUUGUUUCUAUUUCAUUUUCUGAAAUAUUGCAGAUUUUAUUUUUAGGUGGUUGAGGGGAGAUUGCAAACCAUGGAACUAACUCAUUUGAAAGAAAGAAUUCGGCUGUUUCGUUUCCCCAAUUGUUUUUUUUACUGAUAUUCUCCCCUUGUUUGGACUCGGUGGAAAAUCUUAAAGCUGUGACGCAGUCACCUGUGUUAGUUUGUUAACAUUAGAUAGUGACUAAUAAUUCAAUAACAGCUUUUGUCCUUUUUUUUUAACGUAAACCAGUACUGAAAGCCGAAAAUAAUAUUGAACAGCAAAAUGUUUUGGUUUUGUGCGAAACCUCAAUGUCUGUUACUACCAAACAAGAACUGAGGUUGUGAGACGCCAAGACAAACUCAUCUUUUCUCCUUAUGCUUCAUCAAGUGAGAGAAUGUUACUUCUCCUAUCCGGAAUACAGAAGACCAUGAAGUGCAGGACAGAUUACUUGGUCAUUUUUUGCCAUUUCUCAUUGGAGUCAAGGAACACUUAGUCCUCUUCCCAAAUACCCAUUAUUCAAUAGGAUGUACAAGGGAAAUAACUGGCAGUAACACUGGCCUGGAUUUUUUUCCUUUUGUGCAUUAUUUAUAGAUACAGCAUCUUCUUUAUAAUUCAGAAAGACAGAAAGGUUUCAAAUGGUAAUGUAUUGCUAUCUUCAGUUAAGAGAUGUUUGUUUUCUGCAAUUUGACUCAUCUAAAGUGCAGAACUGUUAUGGAUUUUGAAUACAAUAGAUUUUGAAUACAAUAGAUUUGGAAUACAAUAGAUUUGGAAUACAAUAGAUUUGGAAUACAAUAGAUUUGGAAUACAAUAGAUUUGGAAUACAAUAGAUUUGGAAUACAAUAGAUUUUGAAUACAAUAGAUUUUGAAUACAAUAGAUUUGGAAUACAAUAUUCAGCUUAGCUGUCGGAAUUACUCUUCCCUUUUUUGCAUGACGCUUUGUUCGCAAUAUCUCCCGUUUUGUUUCACAUUAACCCAAAUAUAGACUUAGAGAUAGCAAAAUACUGCCUGAGGAUUCUGUCUGGUAGUUCAUGGUCUAUAGGAGAGCUCAUGUCAGUCAUCCAGUGUAGUUGUGCCUUUUUUUUUUUCCCUCAUUGCAUUUGGUACGAGCCACACAAGCAGCACUCUGUACCUACGCUUUGUCAUCUCCCCGACAUUUUCAGCAACAAAUCAAAUGAGGAGACUACGGGAAAAACGGGAAUAGCCGCAUACUGAAAAUCGUGAAGGCAUCAAUUUUUAACACUUGUUGACUCGUUAAAAAAACUGUAUUUCUGUUCAAUUAUUGGUUUAUUAUAGUUGUUAGAUUUCCCAUUCAACAAACAUAAUGAUAAACCACCAGUUUAACAAGUAUGAAGUUUUGAGUCCACAAGCUUUUAAAAUUGACACCCUCACAAUUUCCAGUGUGUGACUCUGCCUGUUUUUCCCGUGGAUUCCUCAAAUGUGAGGAACACAGAGAGAGCUGUUACAGAACAUGUGAGACAUAUCCGUGCAUUUUACUCGUGUAUUGGUUUUAUUGUUUUUAUGCAAAGGUUACAGUUUUAUGAUGUCAAAUGUCUUGUUCGUUUUUAAAAUUAUUGUCUAAAUCCUUAAUUGAAACUGAACGAGAUUACGUUCUGGUCUAGUGACAACUACACUUGUUAAACUGUUGCCUCUUUUAGCAAGCAGUCGGCUGUUAGUUAGGAUAAUGUUUUUAUCAUAAGGUCAGUGUUUCCCUACAUUUGCUAGGUUAUUCUAGCUCUAAAUAAGGAAUGAACAAAUUGUUGGAAUGGAGUCUAGUAUUUUCAAAGAUACUUGUCAGCAUUGCCAGUGUUGAAAUAAUUUCUGUUCAAAAUAUUUUUUGCAUAGUUCAGAUUUUACACUUCAUGAAAAAAAUAUUCUCUAAUUUUGUAAGUUCUUCAUCUUUUACAAUUUUUCCAACUGAAAAUGGUAUAUUGUCAAGUUUUGUGUUUAUUUAAUAUAUAUCUUCUACUACAGCAUUCAGAUGUAAAUGGCAUUAUCAACAAUACCUAAGCAUAAAACGAAUCUACUCUGGCCAGAUACGAAUUAUCUGCAGUUCUGCAGCCUUGCUCUCACGGUAGCGAUUUGGUGUUCUCCCAGGGAUAUCUUUUAACAGAAUAUGGAUGUCACUCCGAUUUUAGAGGUAUCCAGUUUGAUGAAAAUUACACCUCGUUCUUUGUCAAAUCUGUUUCUGUGACCUCUGACAUAUUAUUAUGCUGUUAUUUAUUUUGGAUUUGUCAUCGUUUUCAUGUUUUAAUAUCCUUAAUAUUACUACUAUUGUUAUGAUGAUGACGAUGAUGAUGAUGAUGUAGUACUUGCUUUUAUCACCCUAUUAUCAUGCCGUGAAUUACCCUUGUCUUCACAAGUGCAUUGUCUUUUGUCCACGGUUGUGAUGUGACUGCAAGAGGCCAUGAGCUGCUGCCUUGUGAAGAGAGAAGCCCAUCCGGAAACUGACAAGAGACCUCGACCAGUUCACAAAUUUGUCAGCAGUGAGCAGGUUCAGAGUGGAUCGAUUCCCUUUGCAACUGUAGACAUUACUACACUAGUGUUGUGUGCAAGCCAUGAAGCUUGGGAAAUAUAAAAGUUCUCUCUUUUUAGAACUCCCCUCAAGUUUUCCAGCAGGACUAAUAUCCUUGCGUGAGACGGAAGCAUUUUGUCCUGGAAAAAGCCGUUGUUGUUUGUUUUUUUUGCCUUUAGGACGUAUUAAUGACAGAAGGAAAAGAAGAAAAAAAAA